CCCAUUUUCUUUCUUUUUACACUCGAUCAUGUCAUUUAACCUAAGCUCACCUUUUAGCACUAUGAAAACAUUUUCUCUAGGCAAAAGCUGUAAGAAGGCAGCAAAGAACUUGAGUCAAUUAUUUCACAAGAAGAAUCAACAAGAUAGAGUAUUCAGCCGCGUAGUCAAAAAGAUAAGCCCAAAUUCUGUAGAAUUGAAUAAAAAGACAGAAAAUCAGCAAAAUGAGACACAUCCUAUAGCUGAGCACGAUCAAUCCAUUGAACAGAUAAAAGAUACACUGCCACCGACUCCUCAAAUAACAGUUUCAAUAGAGAAUACUAGCGAGCCUAAAGAUGACCUCCGUGAAUGGUUGACCAUUCUAGUCAACAGCCCACUAUUUGAUUCAACAGAAAAUGGUGCAGCUAAGCAUAGUUCAAUAUUUUAUCCUUCACCAAUAUCCAUAUCACCAUCUCCAUGGAAACAGUCCGAAGAAAAGUGUUCUAACGAUAGUAACCAGCCUAUUGUUAAUAUAUUACAGCCUCCUAGUCAUUAUCAAAAGAAACCUCAGAUGACCACUAGCUCACAUUACACACUGAAAGAACAAUUCGACAAUAGUCACCAGCAUAGUACAACUAUGUACCGAGGCGAUACAAAAAAUAAAUCACUCCUAUCUGCACAAUUACAACAACGUGAUGAAGUAAAAGAAAGGCUUGAUGUAGCAGCUGCUAAAAGAAAGGCCAUCAAGAAAAAUAGACUAAAAGAACAAAUGGAUUUGGCUUGGUUUGAAACAAUGGAAAUGAUUAGGUCUCAUGAAAAUAGCAACAAAGUGUUUCCAACCCCAAGUAACGAUUUAUUCUACCAAAAACUACAGAUGCAUUCUCAACCAGAACCAAGCAGCAGUAAAGAUGCUUUCAAUCAAGCAGACAUACUCAUUUGGUGACCAUGUAACAUAAAAUAAAGCAAUACCAUCAUUACUUCAUCCCCAGAGAUGACCUAGUAAAGUAUAUUUUUAUCCUUUGUUACCCCCUUAAAUCAUCCCUGAUAUAUGCUAAGCAUACGUCUAUGUUAUCCCUUAUCCCAAUGAGACUAUCGGUAACCUUGUCCUAAAGGAACGCCUCGUGUGACAAAAUCAGUUUACUAAAGAGACUGAAGUCAAGUACAUAAAUGGCAUAAAUAAGUACUAAAAAUGCAUUCCAUACGCACUUUAUUGCUUUGUAACAAGACCAGUCAAGAAAGGGCGCUUGAUCGUGCGCUUAACAACUUUUAUUUUGAGAUUGCUAUCUUGACCCAUCUUAAUCACGAAUCAGAAUAAUAUGAUUAUGUCAUGACAAGUUGAAUAAAGCACCUUUU